AUAUUUUCAUUUCUUUUUCAGAUGUGUGGGCCUUGUGGUGUUUAUAUGCGUUUGUUGAGCCUUUGAUUGAGUGAGACAGAGAAAAGAGAGAUUUUUCUCUUUAAUAUUUUUUUGUUUGUUUUCUUUCUCUUUGUGAAAUCAAAGAAAACUUGUUGCGCAAGUGAGGAAAAAGGGGUUGCCUUCGACACUUCUUCCCUUGUUCUCUGGUAUGCCAUCCCUCCUCAGGGUUAUGUUAGUUUGAAAGAAGCUAUUUGACAUCAAGAAUGGGUUCAGGUGAUUGGUUUAAGACGAUAAUUAACUCAAGAAAAUCAAAAGAAGGAAGGUCAAAGAAAGUAAAGACUAAGAUUUAUAAAGGGAAAAAGUCCAGCGGUUUAGCAAAUGGCAUUAAAAGCAAAAAUCUAGAGUCAGCUGGAGUUCCAAUUGAAACUAUUGCUGCAACAAGGAUUCAAACAGCAUUCCGAGCUUAUAAGGCUAGAAAACAUUUACGUCGCUUGAGAGGAUUCACAAAACUGAGAACCCUGACUCAAGGUUUCUCUGUUCAAAACCAAGCUAGUACAACUAUAACUCAUCUUCAUUCAUGGACCAAGAUACAGGCUGAGAUUAGAGCUCGUCGAAUAUGUAUGGUGACAGAAGACAGGCUCAGACGGAAGAAACUACAUUCUCAACUAAAACUAGAGGCCAAGAUUCAUGACCUUGAGGUGGAAUGGAGUGGUGGUUCUGAAACCAUGGAGAAAAGCCUUGCAAGGUUACACCUACGAGAAGAAGCAUCAGUUAAACGGGAAAGAAGUAUGGCAUAUGCCUUCUCUCAUCAGUGGAGGGCCAACUCUACCCAAGGCCUAGGCAAUUAUGAACUUGGCAAAGCUAGUUGGAGUUGGAGCUGGAAGGACCGUUGGAUUGCUGUACGCCCUUGGGAAAGCCGUGCCCCUAGUGUUACCAUUAGCCCCAGGAAAUAUCAAAAUAAGCUGUCAAGCAAAGUUAAAAAGGAUAAGAAACCAUCAACAUCAAAACAUCCAGUUUCAGUUAAAACUCCUUCAGCUAAUGAUAAAGGGACUAAACCCUUAGGUAUUCCCAAAGGAACUGCUAAAGCUAGAAGAAGAUUGUCUUACCCUGCUACAGAGAAAAAAACAGUGCAGGAAGGAAAGCAAUGAGUGUACUCUAGCUGAUGCAAACAACAUAAUCAUGCAUACUUUAUCAAGGAUAUAUCGUUUACCAUUAGCAGUGAAAUUGGUUUUUAAGUGGUUACAGUUACAGUGUGUAUAAAGAUAAAAAGGCAAUCUGUUUUCCUUUAUUUAUUGGAUUGCUUCCAAUUUGUGCAUAUGAAUGCGAGUGAAAUUCAAUCUUAGGGAUAGAAAAUGGACCACCAAACCAGCAUUUGUGUGAUUUGUUGAUUGGUUUUUGUUAUCUUCAAUAUUGUAUAUUUAGUGCAUUGUUGAGACGAAUUAUAGAAAGAUUAACAGUUCUUUUUCCCCACUUC